GGUGCUUGUUGAUGACGUCAUAGGAGUGCGCAUGUAACCUUGUGUUUUACACAAAUGUGAACCCAGCUUUAAACAGGGUUAGUGUCGUGUUUGGUGGUUAGAGGCAUUCUGGAGUGAUGAGUAAAUACAUUCUACCGGUUUCCGUGUUUGGGACGGUGUUUGGCUGCGCUGUUCUAUUGAAAAGCCAUGUGACUGGUGGCCGGUGUCCCAGUAAGGCUACAAUUAAAGGAAAGACUGUGAUUAUAACUGGUGCCAACACGGGCAUCGGGAAGGAGACGGCUCAAGAGCUGGCCAAGAGAGGAGGUCGGAUCAUUAUGGGAUGCCGUGACAUGGAGAAGUGUGAAGCAGUAGCAAAGGAUAUCCGAGGGAAAACUCUGAAUCCUCAUGUUUACGCAUGUCACCUUGACCUUGCCUCAAUGAAGUCUAUCCGAGAGUUUGCUCAGAGAAUCAACCGAGAGGAGGACCGUGUGCACAUACUGGUAAACAAUGCAGGAGUCAUGAGGUGUCCAGAGGGCAAGACGGAGGAUGGUUUUGACAUGCAGCUUGGAGUUAAUCAUUUAGGACACUUCUUAUUGACAAACCUCCUCCUGGACAAGUUGAAAGAGUCUGCCCCCAGCAGAGUGAUCAACCUGGCCUCGCUCGCCCACAUUAUAGGAAAGAUGGACUUUGACGACUUGAACUGGGAGAAGAAGAAGUUUGAUACCAAGCAGGCGUACUGUCAGAGCAAACUCGCCAAUGUUCUGUUCACCAGAGAACUCGCCAAGCGCUUGGAAGGCACAGGGGUCACAGUGAAUGCUGUACACCCAGGAGUUGUUGCCACAGAGCUAGGGAGACACACUGGUCUGCACAAAUCACCGUUCUCCAGCUCUGUGCUCAGUCCUUUUUUCUCCCUUCUGGUGAAGGGUCCAAAGCUGGGGGCCCAGCCUAGCGUCUAUCUGGCCGUAGCCGAGGAAAUAGAGGGGGUGACGGGCCGGUAUUAUGACGUGAUGACCGAAAAGGAACCAGCGCCUCAGGCCCUGAAUGAUGAGACAGCUCGCAGGCUGUGGGAGGUCAGCAGCAGGCUGGUGGGUUUGGAGGAGGAAGGACAGCUGAGCCCGUCAAACCCAUCAGCAGAAAGCCAAAACAAAGCGGGACUGACAGAUCCAGCACAGACACCCAUGUAAAGCCCUAAAUCACACAUCAGUACUGAGAGACCUUUAGACUGUUUUGACCUCUGGAGCAGCAGAGGAAAACGACCUUUGAGCUGUUCCAGGCUUCUAGGAACAUUAAAAUGUCUGAAACCAUCACCGUGACUGGGUAAUGGCAGUCUUCUGUCAUUGUGUCUUUUGUCCUGCAUGAAGACAUUUUCUGUUUCCAAAGGGACUUUUGAGCUUUGAGUUGAUAAAUAAUGUAGAAAUCUAAAAACAAAAAGACAAUGCAGCCUUGAUUGCUGCAGAACACUCAGGGAUUUAAGGCUAUGUUAUUAAUUCAUUGUGUUUUAUCUCUUCCUCUUUGUUCUGGUAUCCGCCAACUUCAUCCAGUAAAAUGUCACCUAUGGUAGAAUUAUGUCAAAUUGAAAAAUUCAAAGCAAAUCUAAUCAAAUCAAAGAUACUUUAUUAAUCCCAGAAGGAAAUUAGAGUUAAUUGCUUGUUUAAAAAGAAUACACUGAGAUUGUAGCCUUCAUUUGAAAGACAACGGUAGAACCCGCCCCACAACCGAGAGCCGUCAAUGGAGCAUGGCCAGACUAAAUAAUACAUUUAUUUAGUCUGGCUUGCCAGGCUACUGAGAUUGUGCUUGGGAAUGAAAAGGUACUUCCAAUAAGACUAGGAAAAUGAAAACCUAAAGUUUCUAAAACUUUAUCACCAGAACCCCUUCCUUUCACCACAUCACCCCGGUUCUCCAGCAGCUUCACUGGCUCCCAGUUAAAUUCAGGCCCAUCUUCAAAAUUCUCCUCCAUACCUUCAAAGCAAUCCACAACCUCUCUCCUCCAUAUAUCUCAGACCUUAUAAGUAUUCACACCCCAUCCCGUUCGCUCAGAUCUUCUUCUUCUAUCCAUCUUGCGGUUCCUUCUGCCCGUCUCGCUACCAUGGUGAGUAGAGCUUUCAGCCGCUCUGCUCCUCGUCUCUGGAACUCACUUCCCCCAGACAUCAGGAACAUCGACAGUUUUACCCUUUUCAAAACAAAACUCAAAACACAUAUGUUUAAAUCUGCCUACAACCUCUGAUUUUAUUGAACUGUUUCUCUCUGUGUUUUUUUUUUUCUUGUUUGGGUUUUAUUAUUGUUUUAUUGUAUUUUAUUACGUGUUUUCUGUCAAGUGACCUUGGGUGUUCUGAAAGGCGCUUUUAAAUAAAAUGUAUUAUUAUUA